UAGAUACUUGUGAUAGUUGAGCUGUAGUACUCUAUGGAGUACUAAAUGGAAAGUAAGAGAAUUGUCACAGAAGCCGGCUUCAAAUUCUACUUUUUUUUUUUUUACCCCCAGUCUGGCAUUUGCUGUUGAAUUUCAUUUUAAAAGGAUGGUUUGUUCAGCUUUGUCUUAAUUUGAGAUUUAUUUUUAAGAUUAAAGAUUAGAACAAUGGGAAGCAAUUGCAGCUUACACACUUAUAGUCUUACUGAGAGUCAACUUAAGAGUAUUUAAUACAGCUGUUUAAGUAUUCUCUUGUCAUUUGUUUUAUGCCAGUUAGUUGUAAUUUCUUUCUGUAACAUGGACUGUUAUAAACAUUGUAAAAAAUGCUUAUUAUCUUUAUGUAUAAUUCAUUCUUAUGAACAAAUUAGAUUUUUCUUCCAUGAGUGAACUAUAAUAUGAAAUUUAAUGUUCUGACCUUUCUUAUGCUGGGUCGCUGAAAACAGUGUCAUUUAGUUUUCCUGAAAUCCCAAGCAUAUUUUUGUUGUUUUCUUAAUGCAUUGUUUUAUGUUGUUGCUGUUAAUUGCAGAAAAAAAUAACAUUACACAUAUAAUUUUCACACUACUUCUUAAUAGAUACAGGCUCUAAAGUUCUUGCAGUGUAAAAGAAAAACUCUUAGGUUUUUUUUUUUCAGGAGCUCUGAUGGCCAGCAUUUUCGUUAAUGACAGUCAUUUCUUUGGCAGGAAGAUGUUUUCAUUUGUAUUUACUUUUCAGUACAGGGCAAUUAUGCUGCUCUGUGUUGGGCACUCUUCGUAGUUUCUAUCUCAAAAGAAUUGCAGUGCUUGGAACAGGACUGCAGUUUGAAGCAGGUGUUGUGUUUUACUGUUAUGCAAAAUAACACUAAAAUAUAAUUGUAAAGGAAAUUCAGGAAACAGCUGCAAACUUGGUGUGAUAACCACUACAUUAUGUGAGCAGUUGUUGCAGCAUCUUACAUCGCAUCUAACACAGCAAAGACUUGUUUCAGCAAAGCUCACCGUUGCUUUUUUUUGGUGCUGAAACCUUGUUCUCACAAGAGAGGUCUGCUAGGUCUUACAGGGGAAGAUCAGACCAUAACCACAGUUACAAUGCUGUAACCAACUAGUGAGUUUUUAAAUUGGUGCUUUACAUUUCAUCUUCUUCUUUUUUUUUUUUUUUUAAGUAUACUUUUUUCCUUCCAAUGCUACAGAAGAUGAAGGAUAGAAUCCAGUUACUGGAAUGCAGGUUGCAGAAUGUCUUAACCCAACUAACAUAUGGAAGCCUACAUAGGCCUGAGGUGGUAAAAUAGUAAAAUAAAUGGCCUAUAGCAGGCCAUCUGCCAUUUGCAGAGCAUUUUCAUCAUGCUUCAUGCCAAACUGGAAAUUAGUCUUUGUAUUAAAAAUAUAUUUUGAAUACAAAUCAAAGAUUUCGAAUGUUUAAUGUUACACAUGGCAAGCACAUUUCUAUCUGGGAGCUAGAGAAGUCCAGGAAAAUUGCGCUGGAAAAAUACUGCUUAGUCUGAUGCUCAGGGCUCAAGUCAUUUUCUUCUCUUUCCCAUCUCUUUGUCUUCCCAGUAAGCACUGAUUUACUUUUGUAAAACCUACUCCAGAUAUGAAAAGUCCACUCUUAUAUGUGGCAACUAAAGGGAGGAAUAUCGAUGGAUUCCGAGUGUCAUGAUUUCAUAGGUCACAGAGUUGAUGCGGAGCUGCUGGGAAUCAGGAGCGGCCCGGACCACAAUGCCCUACCCUGCUCCUGGCCUUGGGAAGUUGUGAGCUGCUCAUGUCCAUAAGGAGGAAGGAUGGCUCAUGGAAUUCCUUCACAAGGCAAAGUUACCAUAACGGUGGAUGAAUACAGCUCCAACCCAACGCAGGCGUUUACACACUACAACAUCAAUCAGAGCCGGUUCCAGCCUCCACAUGUGCAUAUGGUCGACCCUAUCCCAUAUGACACUCCAAAACCAGCGGGCCACACGCGAUUUGUCUGCGUCUCAGACACACACUCCAGAACAGAUGGCAUCCAGAUGCCUUAUGGGGACAUCCUUCUUCACACGGGCGAUUUCACCGAGCUGGGACUGCCCUCAGAGGUUAAGAAGUUUAAUGACUGGUUAGGAAACCUACCAUAUGAAUAUAAAAUAGUGAUUGCUGGGAAUCAUGAACUGACAUUUGAUAAGGAAUUCAUGGCAGACCUUGUUAAACAAGAUUACUACCGCUUUCCCUCUGUGUCCAAAUUGAAACCAGAGGACUUUGACAAUGUUCAGUCACUCCUGACAAAUAGUAUUUACUUACAAGAUUCAGAGGUAACAGUUAAAGGAUUCCGAAUAUAUGGUGCCCCGUGGACACCAUGGUUUAAUGGAUGGGGCUUUAAUCUACCCAGAGGUCAGUCUUUGCUAGACAAGUGGAACCUUAUUCCUGAGGGAAUUGAUAUACUAAUGACACAUGGACCUCCCCUUGGUUUUCGAGACUGGGUUCCGAAGGAGCUGCAGAGAGUGGGUUGUGUGGAGCUGUUGAACACAGUGCAGAGGCGAGUAAGGCCCAAACUCCAUGUCUUUGGUGGGAUUCAUGAAGGUUAUGGCAUCAUGACCGACGGCUACACCACCUACAUCAACGCCUCCACGUGCACAGUCAGCUUCCAGCCCACCAACCCUCCCAUCAUAUUUGACCUUCCAACCCCUCAAGGAUCCUGAAGCACUACUGCACAUUUGGAACUGGGGAAGGUCUAUAAACUGCCAUUUUCUAAUUACGAAACUUACAUUCAGUUACAUGUUUAUUUCAAAAUAGGGGCUAGGGGGGAUUUUGGGGGAACAACGGGGG